UCAUUUGCCCGUUUGCUGAGAAGGCACUCAUAGCAUUCUUUUUGAUGGUUAAGCUUCUUCAUUCACGACGGUGAAGUUCGGCGUUUUGUAUUCCUCUAAAUCCAGCGGACUGCUCUUAUUGGUAGGUGCAAAUGUUACAUCACAAUGAUUAUGACGCGCCGUCUUCCUACUUCCUUCAGCUGCGUCUUAAAGUGAAUCUUGUUGGUUGCGAGAGCCCCGUCCUGUCCGUCUCGUACAGAAAUACAAUUUCCAUCUAGUGAAGAGAGCGGCGCAAAAGAGCUCACUCUCUCUCACUCGCCGUCGCUCUUGCUUGUCCCGAGAAAUUACAAUAUUCAUCACGGGGCGAACAUCCCACUAUUCUCUCGCACACUAUUAGCCUACCAAGAAGCUGAGUAUCCUCUCAUCUGCAGAGUGCCCGGGCUUCUUGAGCUGUGCCCAGCUGACUGGCUUCAAAAGAUGGCACAAUAACAGUUCCCGUGAUGCCUGACCAUGACAACACGGCCCUCUUAAGUCGACAAACCAAGAGAAGAAGAGUUGACAUUGGCGUGAAAAGGACUGUAGGGACGACGUCGUCCGUGGUUUUCGCCCGAGCAAAAGCAACGAUAUUCAGUGCCAUGAACCCCCACGGAGGAGAGCAGGAUGUCGACUGUUCGGUGGUGCAGCAUGCAGAUGGGGAGAAGUCCAACGUGCUUCGCAAGCUGCUGAAGAGGGCAAACUCCUACGAGGACUCCAUGAUGCCCUUUCCCGGGGCCACGAUCAUCUCCCAGCUGUUGAAAAACAACGUGACCAAAAACGGCUGCAGCGAGUCCAACUUCCAGGGCAGCGGGCUCUCCAGCGCGGGCUCCGAGGUCCACCAGGAGGACGCCUGCAGUAACUCUUCGAGGGAGAGUCCUCAGGAGUGCCUCUCACCCUUCAGCCGCCCGGCCAUCACACAGUUCGACAUCGAGCGGCUGACGGACGAGCACCUGCGUGCGAAACGCGCGCGGGUCGAAAACAUCAUCCGCGGCAUGAGCCACUCGCCCAGCGUCACUCUCCGCGCCGGGGAGAACGAACGCGAUGGGGCAGCCCAGCCCCCCAGCCCUCGGGAGAGCUACCGGGAGAACAAGCGUAAGCAGAAGCUGCCCCAGCAGCAGCAUAGCUUUCAGCAACUGGUGUCUGCACGGAAGGAGCAGAAACACGAGGAGAGGAGGCAGUUGAAGCUGCAGCUGGAAGACAUGCAGAAGCAGCUCCGCCAGCUGCAGGAGAAGUUCUACCAGAUCUACGACAGCACCGACUCUGAAAACGAUGAGGACGGGAACCAGUCGGAGGACAGCAUGCGCUCCGACGGCAUGGACAACCGCGCCCGCGAUUCCAACCAGGACCGUUCCGACAACGAGAUGUCCGACCUGGACCCGGGACACUUUCUGGACCGAGCCCGCGCCCUGAUCCAGGAACAGACGAUGAUGGCGGAAGGAGACAAGCCCAAGCGGGACGGCAGUCGGGGGAAGGGGCAGGGACCGACCUCCAUGCACGCGGAGGGGAAGCAGUUGGCAGAGACUCUGAAGCAGGAGCUCAACACGGCCAUGUCCCAAGUGGUGGACACGGUGGUGAAGGUGUUCUCCAAGCCUCCGCGACCAGUUCCUCAGGGCUUCCCUCCCCUCCAGAUACCCCCGGAACGCUUCGCAGUCAACGGGGACAACCCCGACUUUCACACCUCCAACCAGCGCCUGCAGUGUUUCGGUGACGUCAUCAUUCCCAACCCCCUGGACUCUUUCGGCAGCAUGCAGGUACCCAACGCCAACGACCAAACGGAGGCGCUGCCGCUGGUGGUCCGAAAAAACUCGUCGGACCAGUCCGGAUCUCUGCCUGCGCCCGGCGCCCACCAUCACCCUUCAUUGCACCCUUCCCCUUUAUCCGCCACGAUGGGUUUCAGUCCUCCCUCUUUCCGUCACCCGUUUCCCCUCCCACUCAUGGGCUACCCCUUUCAGAACCCUUUAGGAGCCGCCUCAGGACCCUACCCUGGCAAGGACAGGUCCUCACCAGAGUCCCUGGACCUGUCCCGAGAGACCGCCAGCCUAAGGACCAAGAUGUCGACCAAUCACUUAGGCCACCAUCGUUCCUGUUCGCCCUCCCACCCAGGGAGCACCACGGAGGGACUGUCCUUGUCCCUCAUCAAGUCUGAGUGUGGAGAUCUCCAGGACAUGUCAGACAUCUCCCCUUAUUCAGGAAGUACAAUCCAGGAGGGCUUGUCACCAAACCACUUGAAGAAGGCGAAGCUGAUGUUCUUUUACACACGCUACCCAAGCUCCAACAUGCUGAAAAUGUUUUUCUCUGACGUGAAGUUCAACAGAUGUAUCACGUCUCAGCUGAUCAAGUGGUUCAGUAACUUCCGAGAGUUCUACUACAUCCAGAUGGAGAAGUUCGCCCGGCAGGCCAUCAACGACGGCGUCACCGGGGUGGACGAGCUGACCGUCACCCGCGACUGCGAGCUCUUCCGCGCCCUCAACAUGCAUUACAACAAAGCCAACGACUUCGAGGUUCCGGAACGAUUCCUGGAAGUGGCGCAGAUCACGUUACGCGAGUUUUUCAAUGCCAUCGUGGCAGGGAAAGACGUUGAUCCUUCCUGGAAGAAGGCCAUCUACAAGGUCAUCUGUAAGCUGGACAGUGAGGUCCCCGAGGUCUUCAAAUCGCCCAACUGUUUGCAGGAGCUGCUUCAUGAGUAGAUAUUUCCACUUGCCCUCAAACUCCAGCGCCCAAAAAAAAAAAAAAAAAAAAAAAGAAAACAACUGGAGAAUGAAGUAGGGUUAUUUUUUUUUUUCUCUCUCUAACUGAAGGCCCAGCUAGUCCAGCUGUUCAUUUUCUGCUUUUUCUUCUUCUCUAAGAGAGAGAGAGAGAGAGAGAGAGAG